AUGCACCAUGGAAGAUUACGUGGCAAAGAAUGGAAUGAACAAAUGAGAAUUAUCCCAUUCAAAGAAGUUGCUCGACACAUUGAAAUUAAAUUUCUACAUACUGGAUAUAAAAUCAUGGCUCAAAACAAUUUAACUACACAUGGUCAAGGUAAAGCACAUUUUGAUAUAGGAAAUAAUAAAUUGGCAGAUAAGCUCAUGGGUGAGGGACACACUCAUCCAAUUGAGGAACCAUUGAAAAGGUUUACCAAAAAGCUUG